CUUGCGGCGUCCAUGCUGCAUUCUUGUCCGUCAUUUGACUGUAAGUUACGCAGAUUACGCAGAUUACCUUCCAUACGAGGUCACCGAGACAUCUGAGCUUUCAUUAUUGUUCUCCCUCGGCGCUACGCUACACACGUCAGGGAAUAACACACCAAUUCUCUCCAGUGUCGGAUGCUUUCGUCCAAGUCGCUUUACGUUGCUUGGAAUCGACUUUCUGUUUCCUGACACUUUGCCAUCUUUUCUAUACUGGCUGCUCACCCUGGCCAAACCCAACUGGUGUCCCUGACCGCACAGGCCCAGCACUCUCACUUCUCACACCAACCGUAUAUCGUCUGUCCAGUUCCCAGGUUGACUUCACGCCUUCUUCAUCCAACUUUCCUCAAGGUCUCACGCCUCACUAAACCUUCAACCUUGGCGCCCCUAAGCUCUAACAUCUCGGUUCUGAGUUUCGCUUAAGAUUAAACCUCUCCGCACCAAACUCUCCUACAAGGCUGCCAUCAACUUCACUCGAUACUUUGAAUUCUCUCGACAUUGCUUCAUCAUGUCAACAGGCGGCGCGGCGCUGCAGCCGACGUUCCAAGGCCAUGUUGCUACGACACAGGAUGCCCUCAUUCUAUUUGAGGCAUGCCUCCAAGGACACCUCUCACAUGUUCCACGAAGGCCGCACGACCGCGAACGCAAUAGCCUAAUCCGAAGCGGCUGCGUCUUCAUCUAUGAAGAGAAUGCCUCUGGGAUCAAGAGAUGGACGGACGGAGUCACCUGGAGCCCAAGCCGUAUCCUAGGCAAUUUCCUAGUUUACCGCGAACUCGACAAGCCCUUUCCUCCAGGCGAGAAGAAGCGCGCGAUGAAGAAACAACAACGACGUCCUAGCCGUCCUGGGGAACCGUACCCUCGACCUGAUGGUAGUUUUUCCGACGGGAGUCAAUCCUCGGCGUACGGAGCAAACAGCGGAGACCGCACAGCCUCUGAAGUCGAACGACAACUCAUCGGCUCACUUGUGGACUCGUACGGGUUCAAGCAGGACGGGCUGGUGAAGAAAACGAUGAGUGUGACCGUUCAAGGCGUCACUCACCACCUGGUCAGCUACUACAAUGUCAACGACGUCAUCUCCAAUGCGUUGCGCACUCCUUCACAGACGGACAAUCUCCAGUAUAUACGCCCACGGCCAGAGCUCACAUCGAAGCAGAGCUUCCGGUCUCCCCUCGAAGAUGCCGACGAAGUCGAAGGUGGCCAGGCUCCUUAUGGCUAUCGCGUCAACCCUCAAGGCUAUCUCCCAGAUUACAAGCACCAGCAACAACAGCAGCAGCAAUAUUACAUGCCUCAAAGCUAUCCACCGAUGAACCAGCAACCAAACGGGCAACCCUACCCAAUAGGUGUCUCCCCGAUGACGGGAUCCUACCUUCAGUCACCCGUGACUGCGUCACAUUUACAAAACAACCGAAACGAAUACAGUCAAUAUGAACAAUCGACAUACAAUCGAAGCUACGCUUCAUUGAGCAAUUCUCUGCCACCGUCCUCGAAAUCGAUUCCUGCAACACCCACCAGUAUACCGUCGAUAGGCCAACCUCAGUCUAGCAUGUACCCGCCAAUGAACAUGCAGCGACCCUUGAACAACUUAAGCCCUGUGUCAAUGGAUUCCAGAAGCAGUGUCUCGUAUCGCACUGGUCAAUAUCCAGUGAAUUCGACGGCAUCGCCUAUGGAUCAUCCCAGGCAGAGCCAGCCUUCGCCGAGUCAGGUCAAAUACGACGAUCGACGCGACUCUGGUCAACCACCGUCACACCUCUAUCAGAGUCCCAGAAGCGGGUACUAUCCUGAUGGAGGUGGUCAACCGAUCUCACAGUCUCACUACUCACAGCCGCCCCAACUGGGUCAGUGGGGAGGCAGCAGUCAUCCUCAGCAGCAAUAGUGCGGCGCGCGACUUAGAGUGGCCUGCCCAUGUAUCAUCACCACACGAAAACUCAGCGAAGGAAGUGGGCCACUGGUCAUGGAAAGUCACUCUUUGUUUCCCGGCAGUUGUUCGCAGGGCGUUGGGAUAUACCCAUUACUUCACCUGGCUUGCCCAUGAGGGUUUGCGGUCACGCGGUGUUGGCGGUCUAGUUUCAUGCUAGCGAUUCUUGACCGACCACGUACCAUGUACAUGUUUUGAUUUUGCAAGCACACGUUUUUUUCGUGCAUGGAUAUAGCAAACGGAAUGGGAAAUGGUCUUGUCACAUGACUGGCCAUGGCACGGGCUCUCCGGGAGCAAAAGUACAUGCUUAAUGAUGGAAUGCCCAGCGGCAUAGGAUCCAUGGGAGGGGAGGGAUGGUGGCGAAGUGGUGCUCUGGUCAUGGUACCGACUUCUCACAAGCGAAGGCCGAGCAGCUGUAGUCUGAGUUCAGUUUAGUCCCAAAAGCGACAGGAUGCAGGAUUUCGACAUGGUUACAAGCGCCAUUGUAAAUGAGAUUGGCGCCCUCAGCCCUCCAGACUGCCAGUAUUGAUGUCAAGUUAUAAACCUACGCGUGUUGUGAUCGAUUGGGAGCAGGUAGAGUCACGUGUGCUUGAAUCGAGGGUCGCGCCUGCCAAAAGUUUAAACGGUGAAAGUAAAAAGGGCAAGGCACCUGCCUCGAGAUCAGAUUACAGAGAUCAUUCGCACAGUCAAAUCCGCAGGCAAAUCCGCAGGCAAAAACCGUCGUGGCUCUUUUCCCUCUUUGCAUGCCUCACACAGUCCAUCCACGCUUUCAUGUUACAUCAUUCCUACUAUUCA